AUGACUUCAUUAGACCACAUUCCUGAACUGGAUCCUAUACCAGAACCACUACUGCAGCCAAUUGCUGCUCCAAAAACCAAGCAGAAACGCUCCAACCCAACUUACCGUCAAGUAAAACGAACGAUAUCUACACAAUUCUUGCCGAUCACUGUAUGUACAACUAUUCAAGGAAACCCACAUCCACACAAACCCCCGCCAUGCAUACUAACCACCCCGUGUCCUUGUUCGGCGUGUUCUGCACACAGACGCCCGACUGAACCCCCCAAACAGACCUUCUUCGAAAUCGUCUCCCAGCCCAAGUACUACUUCACCUUCUUCUGUAACAUAUCCGUCCAUCUAUUCGCACAAACCGCAUCCGCUGUCAUCUUCGUCACGUUCUGGGUCACAACAGUCGGCUUCGCCCUCCCACCUAUCCUCCCCUUCAUCAUCCCCCACGCCUUCAUGCAAGCUGCCUUGAUCGGCGCCAUCUGCUGCAGAAACUACCUUUUGGAAUUCAUGGAAUCCUACAUAGCAUACCUCCUCAUCUCCUCCCGUGGAGACUUCAUUUUUUCCGCCAAGGCUGCCUACGAGUGGUCCUUCUGGUUCCACGAACUCCCCUCCUUCCUCUGGAACUACUUCUACUUUUGGACUUUCUACAUCGCACUACUACUCCUCACCUUCGUUCCGUACCUCGGGCCCCUCUUGGUCAUCUUCAUCAACGCACAGUCGACCGGACGCAUCUACUACUCCAGGGCCAGGAACGAGCAGCUAACGCGCUCCCAGACGAAGGGCAAGCACAUCGAGCUCUUCAUGUUCGGCUGGACCGUAGCCGCCAUGGAGUGGAUCCCGAUCGUCGGCGGCAUCUCCUACACCACAUCGCUAGCCGCCGCGCGGAAAAUGGUCCGCCACGACAUCGCCUACUCCGAGAAGAAGGCCAAGAAGAACAAGAAGAUCAACGAUGCUGCCGCUGCCACGCCGCUGCCGCUGCCACUGCCGCUCUAA